UUUCCGCUUGUAAAAUUCUGUGGUGAAUGAUAAGAGAGCUUAAUAAAAUUAUUUUUAAUAAAAGAAAAGUUUGUUUUGUGCAAGUAAUUCAUAAUCAUAAUGCCCUUUUUAAGCAGUACAACUCCGUUUGAUUCAGAUGUUGAAAAAGUGACCAGUGAGAUGAACACUGCUGAAGAUUGGGGACUGAUCAUGGACAUUUGUGACAAGGUUGGCAAUACGGCAAGUGGACCAAAAGAUUGUCUACGGUCCAUUGUCAGAAGACUUAACAGCCCAGUUCCUCAUGUAGCUAUGCAGGCUCUGACGCUACUUGAUGCUUGUGUAAACAAUUGUGGAAAACAGUUUCAUCUUGAAGUGUGUUCUAGAGACUUUGAAUCAGAAGUCAGAAAGUUACUUGGAAAAGCUCAUCCUAAAGUUGUAGAAAAAUUGAAGCAGUUGAUCAAAAAAUGGGCAGAAGAAGAAUUCAAGAGUGAUCCCCAACUAAGCUUAAUUCCUUCUUUAUACAACAAGUUAAAAACUGAAGGAAUGGAAUUUGCAGAAUCCACUGAUACACCUAAGAAGAUCACUUCAACAUACUCCAAAGAUCCCAAUGUUGUAAGCAGUCAGCAGGAAGAAGAUGACAUUGCGAAAGCCAUUGAAUUAUCACUGAAAGAAUCUUCCCCCAAGACUUCUAGUCUGUAUCCUACUGCGAAACCUCCAUCUCCUACGCCUAUUUCACGAUUAUUGCCUCAGAAAGAACCUCGAAAAGUUCGUGCACUGUAUGACUUUGAGGCAGCUGAAGAUAAUGAGCUGACUGUCAAGACAGGAGAAAUCAUACUGGUUUUGGAUGAUAGUGAUGUCAACUGGUGGAAAGGCUCAACCCAUUUGGGAGAAGGUCUGUUUCCAGCUAAUUUUGUCACAGCAGAUCUCACAGCAGAACCAGAACCUGUUUACAAAGUUCCAGAAAAGAAAUCUGUUCAGUUUAGUGAAGAAGUGAAAGUAAAGACUGUUGAAACUGAACCUCAAGAAGUUGAGAUUGAUGAGGAAAAAAUUGAUAGACUGUUACACUUAUUACAUGAAGCAGAUCCCACAGGAGAGAGAGCUGACUCUGAUGAACUUUUAGCUUUGGAAGAACAAUGUACUGCUAUGGGUCCACUAAUUGACAAGGAAGUUGAUAGGAUUGAUCACUAUCAUGCAUCAUUAGCAGCAGUCAGUAAACAGCUGAUGGAAGCCCUUGGCAUGUAUCAUGAUUUGAUGAGGGAGUUUGUUCCACCAACCCCCUAUGGAACCUAUCCACCACCUGACUCUCGUAUGCCUAUGUCUCCACCACCACAUGGACAGCCUAUGUACAAUGGACCAAUGCCACCAAGUACAUACAUGACACAGCAGGUUCAAGGUCUAUACUCCUACCCACAAGUAGAGCAACAACAAGGUUAUCCGCAGCCUCCUGUUGCAGCAGGUCUUCAAGGUUCAAUGCCACUGUCAAACCACCCUCAUAUACCACAACAGUCCAGCAUACCCACAUCACCAUCAGCUUCUCAAACUCCUUAUUCUCUGCCUAAUAAUGUAUCCUAUUCAAGUGGUUACUCUUCACCUUCAAACAUGAUGACAGGCAAUAGAGGACAAGUCCAGGGGAUGGGGGGAGAAGCUGUUUCAUUUUCUCCACACUUCUCUGAAGCUAUGUCAAUAACACAGCAGCCUCUGUUAUGAAUGAAACUGCUGGAGGAUUGAGACAUCCUGGAAGCAAUCCAAAGAGAAGAAUCAUAUAAUCAAAUCUUUCUUGAAAAGCUUAGUUCAAAGGAGUCUUCUUGCAGAAUGGAGUACGAUAAUUAUUUUCUUAUAAGGUCUAUGAUCUUUGGCUGUUUGUUGGUGUAGUUUUUUGAGGGCAUCUUCCUAAAGAAUUUUAAAUUAGUUCAAAUGUAAGUUGUGUGAAUAUUUUUUGUCAUAUUUUGUAUCAUACACAGUGUAUUUUAUGCUGUUUAAGGAAGUUAUUAGUAAAUGUUUUGUUUUUCUUUCUGAAUAGUUUUGUGUGAUAUACAAAGUAAUAUCCAUUUUUGAGUACUUCAAAAAAAACGUUUUUUAAGUUUAAUAGGACAAGCCAGGAUUUAUAAAGAACAGUUUGACUGUAGGUGAAUGAACUUUACCUUUGUUUAUUGUAUGUGAAUGUUAUGUGAUUAAUUUCGGACAAAGUAAAAUAGUACAUAUUCUUUCAAUUUGGAGAUGGCUUGAAUGGGUAUUGAAAGAAACUUUAUUACAAGUAAUCUGUAUGACAUACCUUUUGUCAUCAUCAGUACUGAUAACAGAAGUUUAUUGAAACAUGCUACAUGUGUUACUUAUACUAGUUUCUUUCAUUACUCUCCAAACUUUAUUGUCUAAAAGCUGUUUCCUCAUCAUCGAAAAUUACAUCACUUGUUGAAUCAUAAGGUUGAAAAUUUGGUAAAAGAAAAGAUGGGUAUUAUUGUUCCAACUGAAAGCAAAGAAUAAUAAUAAUAUUUCAAACACACUAUACCAGUUAUUUCAGGUACCAACGAAGCCUUUUAUCCAGAGCUCACCAGGCCAGCUGGGAUAUGACAGACAUAGUAGUGGUUGAGAUGCUAUUUAUAUUAAGAAAUUUCCAAUACCAGAACUUACCAGGCCAGCUGGGAUAUGACAGACAUAGUAGUGGUUGAGAUACUAUUUAUAUUAAUAAAUUUCCAGUACCAGAACUUACCAGGCCAGCUGGGAUAUGACAGGCAUAGUAGUCAUUGAGAUACUAUUAGCAGAUUACUUGACAGCAACUGUUAUUCUGCUUGUUUUGGAAUUCACUUGGAAAACAAUUAAAUUAUAGGGGAAAAUAUCGUAGUCCAUAAUUGUUGAAUUCUGAAUAAAAACCUUAAGAAGCAUUUGUUUAGUUAAAACUGUUUUAUACUUUAAAAGUGUUCUUCCUGUCAGUGCUUUUACACAGUGCUUUAAUCAAUUAAAAAAAUUUGAAUUUAAAUAACAGCUGUAACUGAAUAUUUUAUAACAAUAUGUAUGAUUUUCCUGUCUUGUAUGGGAAUUAUUUUGUUUUUAUUCUGAAAGUUAGUAUAGAGCAGGAUUAAGACUUUAAAUUUGGUGUUUAAAUCCAUAUGGUUGACAUGUAUGUUCAUAAAAUAACUAUCAACAUGUAAAAAUUUUAUUUUACUUUUGAAGAGACAACAGAGAUGUGAAAUAUUUUCAGUUGAAGUUAAAGCUUACGUGUAGAAUAGGUAGUAAAUUUGUAGAAUUUCAUCUGGGAAAUAAACAUACAACUGCUGAUUUUCUUUGUGAUUGAUUCAUAACAGAAAGGAGAGAUGACAAGUGAGCUUUUGUUUUGUUAAUAAGAUUUAUUGAUUAAAAAUACUGUUUCUUCACUAAUUCAUACUCACAUACUUCUGUAUAUACUCUCUGUUUUAGUGUAAAAUCUUCAUACUUUCAUUGUAUAAUGACAGUGUUUAUAUUUAUUGUUAUUAAUGUGUGAUUUAGGAAAAAGUCCAACCUUGGUGUUGGUCAAUUUGACCGAUUCACGUGACCUUUUGUACCCAUUUAAAGUUGACAUAAAUUUAAUGCUUAUAACUCUAUAUAUAUUCACGAAAUUUGGCAGUCUUUCACUUAAUAUUACAAGUCUUUCACAUACAAAAAUUCAUAUUUCUUAGUGAUGUAUUUUUUAAUAAAAUAAUUGAGUUGACGUACCAGCUUUUUCUAAAAACUAAGCCUCACAAAAAUUUGCUCAUCCCAUUUUUUACCAAAUUGUUGCAUGUUGUCGCAGUUAGUGUUGCUGCAUGUAGUGUGUAUAUAUAUAUAUAUAUAUAUACUGUAUAAACUCUAGCAAUUGUGAUCUAUUUGAAAAGGAUAUGAAUAACAUUUGCAAAUGAAGACUCAAAAUAAUUAAGCAAUUGACUUGAACUUAAUAGAUAGAUGAAAAUGUGUUAAUAAUUAACAUGAAGCUUGCCAUCAUUUGUUGAGUAUGAUUUUUUUUUAUUUAGUAUUAAUAUUAGUGAUCCUAAGUAAUUCAAAAAUGCUGAAAAGCAAAAUAUAUUUCCUGUUAUAAAGUUUUGUUGUCAGUAAUACUUUUAACAUGUUGCUGAAAAGAUUCACUGUCUCUGUUUUGAUAGAUAACCAUCACAAAGUGUUAAAAGGUAAGUCAGAGAUCUUGCUUCAGUAACUAUGACUUCUAAAGUGGUCACUUGAAGAGAGCAUUUUUUUUUCUUUAUUGUAAAGUUACAUAAUGAACUGUCCACACACACACACACACAUACAUAUCUGUUUAGUAUGGUUUCAUGAAACAGUAUUUUUUCACUACUUAAUGUUAGAUCUCUUUUUAAAAAUGUGUAUUUUUCCCUCAUAUUUCAUAUAUCUAUAGUUCUGUGUAUAGUAGAUUUUUAAUGCAAGCUUGGU